CUGGCUAUCUUUGAGUCGAGGAAUUGAGACCAAGUCAAUUUCACAGACACUAUAAGACUCGCAUCAAGAAAAUGAAAAGCACAGUUGAGUCUCCUAUUGUGGUCCUCUUGUCCUCUUGUCCUCUCUGUAGUGAAUGGAUGCUGUUGCUGAGCAGAAAACGUUGUGGAGUCACGGAGUCGAGUCAUGUACGAGAAAACUUUUUAAUCUGCAGCACAUUGCCGAGCAUUUGAAUCAGGUGCCGAGCAGGCAUCUUGCGUUAGCUGCUCGAACUUCGGUGCAAGAGGCAGUGAAGAACAUAUUAAUGAUUUCAUGUUCACCAUACACGAUGACUUCACGGAGGAGCUUGCUGUUCAUGGUCAGCCUUGGAGUUUCACUCUCGCUGAUCGUAAACUGCGUUCAAGCUGAACCUAUCAAAUACACCGUAAACACCUUCAAGAACUGCCUGCCCGGGUUUGUGCCAGAAUUGAAUGAGACGACAUUCUGUUGUCCUCCCCAGAAGAACCUGAACGGACCUAUCGUCGACUUCGUCCCAAGGCACGAUCCACACAAGCCUCUGAGGAUUAAGAAAGCUCUCCAGUGUCUGAGCGGCGAGGAGCUCCGAACUUACACCUGGAAACUGCAGAAGGGGUACGAGCUGAUGCGAGCACUGCCAGACGACGAUCCUCGUUCCUUUUACCAACAAGGAAAAAUCCACUGCGCAUACGGAACUGGCUGUUUUGCUCAGGACAGCACAAAUAUCACUCUGGAUGUUCACUACAGCUUUUUUUUCUACCCAUUUCACCGCUACUUUCUGUACUUCCAUGAAAAAAUCCUCCAGAAACUAUUAGGCGAUCCUUCAUUCACUCUCCACUUUUGGAACUACGAUAACAGCAUCACCACGUCACCACCGGCUGGAUCACGCGAUGGUUGUUUCAAGGCCGGGCAUUUUUUCCCUGCCAUCUACAAUGAUCCAACCAAAGCCACGUACAGCGCCAAUCGAUCCAUCAGAGCUUACACGCCGAACCUGGUCACCGACCUCGGCAUACCUGUCUCCACGAGAAACACAACAUCAUUGCCGUUCGAUGAGGCCGUCGCCAGAAACAGGGCCGUCAUGCACAACAGUCUGAUCACGAACGCUACGACCUCCAGAGCCUUUCUGGGUAGAAACUAUUCCGUUGGAGACUCCCAGCUGCUAAAUCCGGGCCUAGGAGACGGAAGCUUUGAGGCUGCACAUGCCAGUGUCCACUGGUGGGUUGGAGGAAUAAUGGGCCCCGUGACAACGUCGGCAUCAGAUCCAAUUUUCUAUGCUCACCAUAGUAAUGUGGAUAGAUUGUGGACGCUGUGGCCCAAGCUAGGUCCGAACCGACACGAUCCAACCAGUAAUUUAGACUGGAUGGAUGCCGAAUUCCUUUUCUGGGACGAAAACAAGGUUCUGCGACGGGUGAAAGUGAAAGACAGUUCAACGACCGAGGCGUUUGGCUUUCGGUACCAGGAAGUGAACGACGCAAGCUGGAUUCAAUUCCCUAAUUAGAUCCGUUCUGCUGCAGCUGUGUGUUCUGAAUAAGAAGUACAGCGUACAGGAAUCAUUCAUGUCUUGCUUCAUUCCGUCGACCCUAGAUAAGGUUCUGCAUUUAAUUACGUGUGUCAUCUGUUAGAUCCGGAAAUGGGUAGAUGGUGUGGUACAAAAUUUACGCCUUGCUCGUGCUUUAGAUUUAACUAGCAGACAUAAGAGACAGCAGAACUACGUUAGCACGAGUUUCCGUCGUCUUUCUUUGCAGCAAAAAAACUUGGAAGCUUGUGCAUAUGCUCCUGCAUUGGGAUCAGCACGUUAAUAAAGUAUUCUCGACUUUAAGUACCGGAUUCAUUGCG